CUGACUACAAGUUGUUUGGACCACAUUUCUAGUGGUUGAAGCACAGAAUGAGCCCUGGUCAAUGGCGCGGGGUCUGAUCACUGGGUGCCCGCCCAGACCGUCCAGUCGGAUGUUACCUCUGGUAGAGCUUUUACUUCUGGGACUCUGCGUUAGCAGUGGGGCAGGUGCAUCAUCCCAGCAAACACCUAACCUGCCUGGCUAUGAAAUCACAAUUCCUAAACUUAUACCAGAACGGACGAGACGAGAUGUUGCCCAGGAACAGAGGAAGGAUAAAGUAUCAUAUUCAAUUGUUUUGGAAGGCAAAACAUAUAUAUUAAAGCUUGAAAAAAAUAAGAAGCUGCUAACUAAGGAUUUUGUGCAAUACACAUUUGGAAAAGGAGGCAAAAUGAUGUCAUCACAACCUGAGAUUCAGAUCCACUGUUACUACCAUGGAAUUGUGGAAGGCAUUAGGAAUUCAAAAGUUUUGCUCAGCACUUGUGUGGGCAUUAGGGGAAUUAUUUACAUUCUUGAGAAAGGUUUUGUAAUUGAGCCCUUGGGAGAUUCAUCUACAUUUGAGCACCUAGUCUAUCGAAUGGAAGACCUAGAGGCAGAACCCUCUGUGUGUGGUGUAUCUCACCACAACAGUCCUGCAACUCAUAACCAUCAUCACUUGAACCAUGGAAGGUUAUCACAGAAUUGGAGGGUAAAGCGAGUCGUACCAAAAUCCCAAUACGUGGAAUUGGUCUUGGUUGUAGAUAAUGACAAAUUUAAUCUUCACAACAGAAAUGAAACUCUGAUUCAGACUCAAAUGGUUGAAUUGGUUCAUCUUGUAGACGGAAUGUUUGACCCUUUGAAUGUUGACGUCAUAUUGACUGGUCUGGUAAUCUGGAAGGAUGAAAAUCAGAUUGAAAUCACUUCAAAAGCUGGGGAAGUUUUGAGUAAUUUUGUACAAUGGCGUCAACGAGUUCUGCUCCCUGAGAAGCAACAUGAUAGUGGACAUCUGAUUCUAGGCAAAGCACAGUUUGGUGGGAUUCUUGGACUAGCCUACGUAAGCACAGUCUGUUCUGCCAGGCUUGGAGGUGGAAUUGAUGUUUUUGCAAACAGUGAUGUGGCAAGGGCUGCGACGCUUCUUGCUCAUGAAUUAGGGCAUAACAUGGGCAUAAGCCAUGACGGUCCUGAACGACAUUGUAAAUGUUCAGACUCUGCUUGCAUCAUGAGUCCAACUCUGACAAAUUCCAUGGAGUUCAGUAACUGUAGUGAGAAAGAUUUUGUAAACCUGAUUGCAAAUGCAGGAGGAUUAUGUCUUCGAAAUCAACCCAGGACAGAAGAUCAUUAUUCUUUCCCAUUCUGUGGCAAUAACAUUGUGAAUGAGGGAGAGGAAUGUGACUGCGGAACACCGGAGAAUUGUAAGAAUCCCUGCUGCAAUGCAGCCACUUGUACUUUGAUGUCAGGAUCGGACUGUGCCCAUGGGAGGUGCUGCAAAGACUGCAAGUUCCUUCCCGCAGGAACGUUAUGCAGAGCUAUAACUGAUGUCUGUGACCUCCCAGAGUAUUGCAAUGGCUCAUCAUCCUCCUGCCAGCCUGAUGUCUUUGUCCAGAAUGGCUAUCCAUGUGCAAACGCGACAACGUACUGCUAUGGAGGAGUAUGUCAGACCUACGACAUGCAGUGUCAGAUUCUCUUUGGCCCAAUUUCACAGCGUGCUCCACAUGCAUGUUUUUUACAUGCAAACACUCAGGGGGAUAGGUUUGGGAACUGUGGAUACCAAAGCUCGGGUUUCAUAAAAUGUCCUCAAAGCGACGUUGACUGUGGUAAAAUUCAAUGCAUCAAAGCAACGACGAGACCUGCAGGUGUUGACACAAGCACUGUAAUUGUUAAUGGUCAUGAAUGUGUGAAUGCUAACUUCCAUGUGGGCACAGAUGUCGUAGAUCCUUCAUAUGUGAAUACAGGUACUGGCUGUGGCAAGAACAAGGUUUGCAAGGAUUUUAAAUGUGCUAAAGCUGACGUCUUGGGAUAUGAUUGUAAUGAGACGGUGAAAUGCAAUGACCAUGGUAUCUGCAAUAAUAAGAAGAACUGCCACUGUAAUGAUGGGUGGGCACCACCUGACUGUGCAACCAAGGGCUAUGGAGGAAGCAUAGAUAGUGGACCCACACGCAUAGAUACAUCACUUCGAGAUGGCUUGCUGAUAUUUUUCUUAUUGGUGGUCCCGGUCCUUUUAUUGAUUGGCUUGUUAAUUUUUUUCAAACGUAAUGCAAUAAAGCAAUCAUGGAGAAAGAGGAAUUCCUCCGGCAGAAGAGCACAAAAUAAACAGCAACAACAGAACACUUUCACAAACCGAGACAACCAGAAAAUUGUUGCGACCGUUUCUACAACAAAGGCAAGUUACCACGAGAAUAUCACUCAACAAUGGCCAGGUAUUUCAACAGAAAAUCAAGCUCCCUCUGUACCAAGACAUCAGAUUCCUGUUGUACCUCCUAAACCUCUUGUGCCUCCAAGACCUACUGUGCCUCCCAGAUCCUAAGGUCGAUCCAGAUCACUUAAUGGAAAUCUAGUAUUUGAAUUAGAUUUCAUUACAUUACUGAUUGCAUGAAAAUCUCAGAAAAUCAAAAGACAAAACAAUAUUUUUGACUUCUUAAUAUUAUCGCCAAUUAAGACAAUGGCUGUUAAGAAAUGGUUAUUCUAGGCUUAAUCAGUUUUGUUGAAAUUUUAAUGGAAAUGCAGAUUUUUAGUGUCAUAACUAGAAUAACAGAGUCUAGGAAGAAAAGCUACAAAUCUCAGAGGAAUAUUAUUUUUUCAAUAGAACAGGGAAGGGAAAAAUUGUAGUUGUUAAUAACAGUACUUUACAAAGGUAAUAGUCAACUGAUGGUAGCUUGAUGUUACUACUUAGAAAAUAACCACUGAUCUUCAAAGCUUGGAUCACAUAUACCAUGUCUGAACUGCACAUAAAAUUGCUCAGGCAACUUAUAGUCAUCCAAAAAUCAUCUUAAAUAAAUUCUUGAAAUAUGCAAAUGGAAAAACCACUGCAGGUGAAGGAUGAAGACUUCAGAAUUCUGAUGCAAAUGCAAGAAAACAUCACAAGUACUAGCUAUUCCCAGGUGUGGAGUGCCCUAACUAGCCAACCUGAAAAAAUUCAUGAAAAAUACUGGAUUCUUUUUUUUUUUGUUUACCUUUAUGGGACUAGGAAGGCCAAAAGUCCACUCUGGACAUCGCAAAAAUUCUGAGCCAUUGCUGGCCCACUCCAUUCCACAGGCACAGGGUACUGUUAGUUCAUAAUGAAGGAAAGGACUUCACUGUCCUUCUACUAAUAUCCAAAAGCCUCCAGCUGAAAUGGGCUAAGUAAAGCCAUUAUUCCAUUGACUUUAGUUCUGGACAGUCAAAUUUCUUCACUGAUGUAAUCAAUAUGUUCCUUUAGUUUAUUUACUUUAUGUUUAUUUAGCUAUUGCACUUUAUUAAUGUGCAUGUAUCGCGUAACUGUCACUACAUGCUUCUACAUUUAUCUUACAAUCACCACUAUUUUAGUCACAUGGACCUAAUUUAUGUACGUUUUGAUGCAGAAUAACUUUUGAUCAAAAGUAAUGUGCAAGUACUUUAGGGGGAAGGAAGUUGUCAAUUCAUUCACAAUUUGCUUUUCACUUUCUGGAAGAAUGCAAUCAAAUUGGUUGAAAGGUUUGUGAUUUUAUAAUGUAAAAAUAGGAAAACACCAUUUUAAUGUUGAUUUAGGUUGAAAUAUUUUAAAGAUGUUGUUCUCAAAUGCUCCAUGGGGAGUUUUUCAGAUCAUCAAUUGCCUGCAUUGCUUCAAGCGCAUAUUUACAAAUGAGUUGGCAAAAAUGAAAUGUUAACAAAUAUUUUUAGUACACCUUCCUAUGAGAACUUAAGUAUCAAACCUCAACUUCCAUUUAAUUUUAAAAUUAUUAAAUUAUUUAAAUCCAAUUUUAUUUCAACGACCUAAGCUAAAGCAACAAAAAUAAAAAAAUAUUUCAAUCUAAUAGUUCAUAAUUUUUCUGCAAAUCCAAAUCAAGGUCCAUUGCUGAGGCCAGAUGAACUGUUCUGAUAUCGCUCUGAUCACGUGAAAGGGUUAAAUUUCAACCAAUGUGUGAAUUCUUGACAGUAAAUAUCAACUUUCUAGAUCUCCACCUAUAAAGGGACCACACCUUACAUACAGAAAUUCCUGGCUAACAACUGGAAAUAUCGUUUUUACUGGUGCAUUCAUUACAAAAUUUGAGAGGAUAUAAAAUUGUGGUUUAAACUAAAGACAAAAGAAUUACCUAAUAAAAACUUAAGGGAUGCAUUCACAGAAUAGACUGACUUAAUGACUAGAAUAUGCAGAAAGUAAAAAGUAAAGUGUGUACAUUGUUAAAUCAAAAGUAAUCCAUAUUGUCAUAUUUCUAAAUAGAACAUUUUGUUCUUGGAAAAGCAACAUCCUGUUGAUAUGCUCCUUUGACGUCAGCUAGAUAGAAGCCAAUGUUAAACAUGCUUGCAUUGAUGAGUAUGAUUUGCUUCCUUGCCAAAUUAUAAUCCAUUCUUUAAAAAGUGGGAUGGAAAUUCAUCCUUCAAGAUUUGCAGUAAACACGCAUUAUAUGAUGGUUGUAUGAAGUUCCAAAAUUCAACUCUAUUGAAGUUGGUGGAAAUGAAUUACAGAAGUGGAGUACCACACCCAAUCACAUCUCACAUGCAUAUUUAUUGCACAAGUACUUUGCACAUGUCUUGCACAUUGAAAUACCUCCGGUGUUCCAUUACUGCUAAAAAUAGGGACUGAUCUUAAAUUAGACCUUGCUCCAAAUAUCCACUUUUUAAAAUUUUCAAUAGAUUUGAUUGAUUUUGACCACAAUAUUUUGUGCUGUGGUAAAUCAUAAUGGGAUCACAAUAUAACUGCUAUUGAACCUAAAGAUAUUACAAUUAAAUCAAGUAGUGUACUGUAUAAUACUGCAUACUAAGAACUAGUUUGGUAAAAAUCAACCAUAUUCAUUCAUUUGAAUGCAGCUGAUACUUGGAUUAUCGUUCAGUAAAUUAAUAGUUACACAUGAAGGAAAUCUUUAAUUUCAUACCUAUUGUGAAAAAUACAAUGCAGUAGAAUUUUUUACUAUGCUAUUAUAUUGUAUGUAUUCCGGGGGAUGUGAUGUCCCUUCAUUUAGUUCAGAACUCAAUGUUUUAAUAAAAUCACUGUUUUUCUAAUGAUCGUUUAAAUGAAGGAAAUGAUAAAGCAGAAAUUUAUAGCAAUAUGAUGGAAGCAAUUCCAGAAUUUAUCAAUUAAACAUCACAAACAAA